AGUCUGUCCAAAAAAAAGAGAUGAAAUCUGUGGCGUUUGUUGCCGUAUUUCUCGUAAUUCAGAGAGGUCAGUGAGUAUACCAUUCAAUAAUUCUCUUUGUUACUAAUGAAAAACAAUUUAAAAACCCCUCAAUGAUUUUUACAACGAUCUAGUUGCUUUCAAACUACAUAAACAGCCUCGUCGAUGUAGCAAGUUCUCUUUUUUUGCUAUACUUUGAGAUACUUUAAACGUAGCUUACGGUUGACAAACUUAGCAAGGUUUUUACCCUUGCUGUAAUCUGCGAAUAAUCUGCCAGUAGUGCUUUUUCCUUGUGAUUCAAAAUUUGAGAAUUGAUCCAAUGUAUAAUAAAAUGUCGGCUAUAACUUUUCACUCUCUAAAGAUUAAAUUUUCGCAAAUCGAGCAUCAGAUCAAAUAAAAAACUAAUGCUUGUAAAAAGCCAUUUCCUGCUUUGUUCAUCAACUGGUUGUUUAGUAGUCGGUUGCGUGCAAAUUUUCAGUUGUUAUCUCACCGUGAGGGCGCAUUGAUGAUUACAUUUAAGAAAUUUCUUACAUCUGAGACAUUUCACACCAAAGUACGCGUAGUUCUUUUUCUCCAAGAAAGCCUGUGUCAUUAACUGAAUGACAAAAAUUUUCACUUCAUAUUUCAAUUUCAUCCUGUUCCGAUGAAGAUUCAAACGUGCGAUUAUGUUCAUUUAGUCUUGUAUUCAAUGAACACGCUUUAUAAACGUUACUGCUUGACUUGAUCACACCAUUACAAUCAUUCGAUUUUAUGUCGAUGUUCGAUUAAAAUCUUGUUGCUGCAAAUGCCUUAUGAGCCGUUUUUUGUCUGUUAUUUACAGCCUCUGCCCUCAGAUGUUAUGACUGCAAGCCUGGCAACAACAGCGCUGCUGGUUCAGCAAUCAUCUGCAGCAAACCAGUUCAGACUGUGGAAUGCAGUUCAGACUUUGAUUCUUGUUCGAUCCUAAAAGUUACUAGUGAUGAAUUAGACAUGUAUUACCUCGAUUGCUUCUUGAAAUCGUUUUGCAGUGAAGCGCAAAAGAACCUCUGUGAAGUAAGCACUCAAGGUCUCCAUGGUGCUAGUUGUGAUAUGUCAUGCUGUGAAACUGAUUUGUGCAACAAACCCAAAGAUUCCUCGACCUCAGGUACAUUGAGCCGUGUUCCAGCGAGUGCCGCCAUAUUUGUGAUUCUGAGUGUAAUAGCAAUGGUACUCGUGGACAUGAUUUGAAACAUUUUGUUAAAUAUUAGCUCAAAGAAAAGAAAAACUAACACUACUUGCUAGUGAUUGCCGAUUUCACAAUGAUUAAAGACGCUGCGACUUUCCUUAAGAUAAACUAUGUAAUCAUUAGUGAAAUAAAAUUAUGGAUUCGAACUCCC